AUGGCAGGCGGGACUGCGAGGCCGGCGGCAGCGGAAGGAGAGGCUGGGCACGAGCCAGAGGAGCAGGCGGGGGCCCAACGCAAUAUUUUGGCUCCUGUCCAACGACACCUCAACGUCAUGGACGCGUCCUCGUCGGACUCCGCCACCGCAUCGGACUCCGUGUUCGCUUCCGCCGAGUUCCAGGAGUACGAGCGCGAGUUUCGGCAGUACUGCGCAGACAACCUGCGCUCACACAACCCACAGACCGACUUCGACAGCAUACGCCGUGACUCGGCCGAGGACCUUGCGGCCAAGCUUGCGGUGCUUUCGCAGUGGUGGCGUUCUGCUGCGCACGUGGCCGGCAAGCUUGCUCUCGUGGCGACGACAAAUGACGACUCCCUGCAUGGCAAGGCAGGGCUGCCGAAGCACGCCCUGGUCGAGCUUCACGGCAACCUGUUUGUCGAGGA